GCUGUGGCUGAACAGGGACGGGGAAGCAGGUAGUCGCCAUCACAUGCCUUGGGCUAGGCCUUCCUGUCUCCCUGGACCCAACCCUCUUCCACCAGGAGGGCAGAGAGCGUGGCUUGGGGGUGAAACCCUGGCAGCCUACGGGGAGGAAGCCUGGCCCCGGAAUCAUGUGCUCUGUAGUUACUCAGGGCUAGUGAUUGGGGACUUCUCUCCCAACCUCCAUCCCACAGGGCAGGGCAACAGCCUGGCUCCCCUCCUGCAGCCAUCGUGGUGGGGAAGGGGCUGCAGAGGUCCCCUUGGUGCUGCUCCCCCACCCCCUGCCCAGCCCAUCAUCACUCCAUGGCAUUGCUUCAUUGUGUCUCUGUCUUGUCUUUGUGUGUGUUGUAUUGUCCUGUCCCUGUGUCUUGGAUGCACGUCCUGUGUCCCCCUCCUUGCUCGGCCCCCACCCCGCCAUUGCCCGGGACCCCAGACCAUCGUGCGGGGCAGCAAAGGUGCCAAGGAUGGGGCCCUCACGCUGCUGCUGGAUGAGUUCGAGAACAUGUCGGUGACACGCUCCAACUCCCUGCGGAGAGACAGCCCACCACUGCCUGCCCGUGCCCGCCAGGAGAAUGGGGUGCCAGACGAGAGGGCCACGGGGGUGCCAGCGGGCCCAGAGAAGGCGGGUGGCCGAGGCCGGGCACCCGGCCGCAGUGAGGCAGGGGGCGGCAGCGGUGACAGGCGGCGGGCGGGGCCAGAGAAGAGGCCCAAGGCUUCCAAGGAGGGCUCAGGGGGACCCCAGGAGUCCUCCCGGGACAAACGCCCCCUCUCUGGGCCUGAUGUUGGCACCCCUCAGCCUGCCCCUGUGGCCAGCGGAUCAAAGCUGGCAGCUGGCCGGCCCUUUAACACAUAUCCCCGGGCCGACACGGACCACCCAUCCCGAGGUGCCCAGGGAGAGUCUCGUGAUAUGGCCCCUAAUGGGCCAUCCUCAGGUGGUCGCGCAGUCCCCCAGUCCUCCUCCCGACCUCCCACCCGCGCCCGCGGCCCCCCUAGCCCUGGAGUGUUGGGUCCCCACGCUUCCGAGCCCCAGUUGGCCCCUCCGGCCCGCACCCCUGCCGCCCCCUCUGUGCCCGCUGUCCUGCCAGCCCCAGGCCCCCCAGGCCCCUCUGGUCCUCCUGGCCCCCGUUCGCCACAGCGUGAGCCACAGCGAGUGUCCCAUGAGCAGUUCAGGGCAGCCUUGCAGCUGGUGGUGGACCCUGGGGACCCCCGCUCCUACCUGGACAACUUCAUCAAGAUUGGAGAGGGCUCCACGGGCAUCGUGUGCAUCGCCACCGUGCGCAGUUCCGGCAAGCUGGUGGCCGUCAAGAAGAUGGACCUGCGCAAGCAGCAGCGGCGCGAGCUGCUCUUCAAUGAGGUGGUGAUCAUGCGUGACUACCAGCACGAGAACGUGGUGGAGAUGUACAACAGCUACCUGGUGGGCGACGAGCUCUGGGUGGUGAUGGAGUUCCUGGAGGGCGGGGCCCUCACUGACAUCGUCACCCAUACUAGGAUGAACGAGGAGCAGAUUGCGGCCGUGUGCCUGGCCGUGCUGCAGGCCUUGUCCGUGCUCCACGCCCAGGGUGUCAUCCACCGGGACAUCAAGAGUGACUCAAUCCUGCUCACGCACGACGGCAGGGUGAAGCUGUCAGACUUCGGGUUCUGUGCCCAGGUGAGCAAGGAAGUGCCACGGAGGAAGUCCCUGGUCGGCACCCCUUAUUGGAUGGCCCCAGAACUCAUCUCCCGCCUGCCGUAUGGGCCAGAGGUGGACAUCUGGUCACUGGGCGUAAUGGUGAUCGAGAUGGUGGAUGGGGAGCCCCCCUACUUCAAUGAGCCCCCCCUCAAAGCCAUGAAGAUGAUUCGGGACAACCUGCCACCCCGGCUUAAGAACCUGCACAAGGUGUCGCCGUCCCUCAAGGGCUUCCUGGACCGUCUGUUGGUGCGCGACCCAGCGCAGCGGGCCACAGCAGCUGAGCUACUCAAGCACCCGUUCCUGACCAAGGCUGGGCCGCCCUCCAGCAUCGUGCCCCUCAUGCGCCAGAACCGCAACAGAUGAGGCCUGGCACCUGGGCCGAACCAAAGAGCCCCUGGGGUCACACUGCCCCACCAGAGGCCAGCGGGGGGCAGCCCCGCACCUCCCUGCCUGGGGCGUUUGCAGGGGGGCCAUGGGGACCCCACUACUGAACUCUGGUUUUCAUUUUGUGACUUUGCAAAAACUACAGGGCCUCCUGGAGCAAAUGAGGCCCUCAGGACCCCUGCCUCCCGGGACAGGCCCUGCCCGCAUUCUCCUGGCCGAGGAAGGACUGGCGGCCCACCACCACUGGAACCCCGCCACAGGGUCGCGGGGGGCUGCAGGAACACUAGGAAUGAGGCGUGUGUGUGUGUGUGUGUGUGUGUGUGUGUGUGUGUGUGCGCGCGCGCAUACAGCAGUGUUCACGUGUGCACACCAGUAUAUCUGUGUGUAUACACUAGUGAGUACAUGUCUGUACACUGUGUGUAUGCUGUGUGCACACGUGUGUGCAUGUGGGGUGGGGAGGCAGCUCCUCUGCCCACCAGCCCGUGAGGUGGGCGUGUCUGAGACCUGGCCCGACCCCCCACACCCCACCCCCUGAGCCACUGUGGGGGCCGAUCAUGAAUGUCUGACGCGUGGCCUUCUCCCCAGCCCUCUGUGCCCGUCUGGCUUGAUGGAGGGACAGGUUAGGGCCUCCGCCCAGCCAAGCCCCUGUAGCCAAUGACUACUGCACCCAGACAGUGCCACCUCUUUUCUAGAAGUCUAUUUAUAUUGUUUUAUAACACUCACACCCUCCUCCCGUGGGGAUGGAUGGUCCCCUUGUGCUGGGUGGCAGCGGGACAGAGCCCCUGCCUGGAAAACUGGGUUCCUGCCCUGGCCACCCUCCCUUUCCCCUCCCCUAUUCCCUCCUGUGCUAGUUUUACAAUUAAAACUUUUUCUUGUUU